UAUAGACAAUGUCGCUGUAUUAUAUUCAACAUAAAAUUUCAUACAGGAUGCCGAUAAAUUGCGCAAAUGGAGCUUAGCAUUAGAUCAAAAUUUGACACCAGACAAAUUUGUUUGCGAGUUACAUUUUUCGGACGAUCACAUUAAAACAGAUGUGAUACCAAUAUUUAAUCAAGAUUGUUAUAUUUCAAGUCGAAAGAAAUAUACUUUGAAGCCGAAUGCCAUUCCGAAAGUUGAUAGAAUUCCAAAUCUCGUGGAAGAUGCAAAUUCGCAAAUAGAUCCUGAUAAUGUAUGUCGUACUACGUACGUACGUAUACGUACGUAUGUACAUACGUACUUCCAGCCGCUAGAACUCCCGAAGUUGAAACUUAUAGUAGUGCUCCGGGUCCUAAUGAAUGGAUCUUCAACAGGUGUUUAGUUAGUUGUAAAAAUUCAUUGUUAAAUGAAAAUCAACGAUAUUAUCAGGGUAUCAUCCGAUGUCAACCUUGCCGAACUCUUUGGCGUCAACUCCGAAAUCGAGAUAAUAAAAGUACCCAAAAUUUAAAAAUUCAAUGUGAUAAGCUUAAACGUGAAUUAAUUUCCCAAAAGAGAAAGACUUUAUGCUUAAAGCGGAAGAAUAAUGAACUAUCGCAAUUGAUUAAAGAUCAAAAGCUUAAAUGUGCUGCUGUUGAGACUUCUAUUUAAAAACUCAAAAAAGUGACCAUUUUGCAAACUUGCGAAUGAAACAAUUAAUUUAUUAUUUCUAUUUCUGAUAAUUGCUAUUCUCUUCAAGAAAUAAUUUUUAAUUUUUUGCGUCAACGAUAUUUAUUCCAAAUAUGAUUAUUUAAAUUUGGUUUUUGAAAAUCGUUCUUUAUCGUGGUUUUAAAAAAAAUUUUAUAAAAUUUAGAUUUUAUUUGACUUUUAAAUUCAUAGGGGACCUUAGAGACCCUUUACUGACAGUCAGUAAACAACAAGUGAAGUCACAACCACUUCAUAGCUUCAAUUUUCUUAAGUUUUUGAUAAGAAUUGAAGCCGAAAGGACGUAUUUUCGAAAAUGUUACAAAUAAUAUGAUUGACGAAACAAGUAUCAAAUAAAGCGAUGGUAGACAAAGCAGAGCAUGAAGAUAAGUAGUUGCAGAUAUGAUCUUGGACCUUUACUUUUGAGAGAAAAAUAAAAAAUUUCAUAUUGUUAAUUUGUAGUUUUUAAUUUUCUUGUCAAACUAAUAAUUCCAUCGGAGGCAUCAAAGAAAAAAAAAUUCGAGUUGACAAUAGGCGUAAUGGGGUUGAAUCAUUUUCGGAAACUCACCUGUUAUUUCCGACUACGAUUUAAUAAAUAUAAUUAUGGGUUUGAAGUGCAACAUAUACAUACCUAUCGUCAUCUUUUACGGGGAAUCUGAAGAAACUAACCGAAUCCCCUUGCAAAUUUCCCUGACACCCCUUAUAACAACACCUAUGCUUCGGCAUGAUUUCACAAAUUCUACUACACUUGGUCAAAUAAUCCAAACGAUGAUCCUGAUUCCAGAAAUCAAUAAUAAAGUACGAUAGACACUGGAUAUCAACUGCUAUAAUAUGUUUUCACAAAAAAGAAUCAGCAAAUUGCAAAAUAGUCUCAGUAAGCGUAUCACGUGUUUUGAGUUGUUCGAUUGCUCUGGUUCUGAGUUGAAAACGCAGAACGCCGCGCGCCAGCGAGAAUCGAUUGUGUG